AUGUUUUUCUCUAAGCUAGGAUUUCUCGCCCUAAGCGGUGUGUCUGCUGUUCUCGGUGCCAAUUACUCCAACCCAUUGGAGCCCAAGGACGGUGGUGAUCCAUCUAUUGUGUGGCACGAGGGAUACUGGUACUUUACCGCAACAAACUAUCGAGACAUCAGUGUUCGACGCGCAACAACUCUCGAGGGUCUCAAGACUGCUCUACCGAAGACAGUUUGGGCCCCAAGCGCUGAGUUCCCUUCACGCCAAUGCAAUAUCUGGGCACCUGAGCUACACCUUGUGGAUGGACAAUGGCACAUCUACUUCUCUGCUGGUGGUUGUGAUGACGACUCAAUUCAACAAGCUCAAGUGCUACGUGGCGGAGAAUCUCCAUGGGACAACUUUGGUUUCUACGGCACCAUCAACGCACCUGCUUGGUCGAUUGAUGGAACACCCCUUACCAUCAACGGCCAAAACUACUUUGUCUACUCCUGCUUUAGGGAUGAUACAGGCGAGAACCUGCAAUCUCUUUGCAUUGGCAAAAACUCCGAUAUCCUUACUAUUGGGGAAGAGCAUCUCCUUGCUUCUCCCACAGAGGCCUGGGAGCGUAAUGGACAGAUGCCAGUCAACGAAGGUCCCUUUGCUCUCUAUAGCAAAAACCGCACUUUCCUGUCCUACUCGGGAUCUUUCUGCUGGGAUCCUUCAUACUCACUCGGUCUACUCGAGUACGUUGGUGGCGAUCCUCUUGAACAGAGUAGUUGGGUAAAGACUGGCCCUCACUUCAGCCAGGCAAAUGGCAUGUACAACACUGGCCAUAACAGCUUCUUUACCAGUCCGGAUGGCACGGAAACUUGGAUGGCAUACCAUUCUUCUCCCAAUCCUGCUGGCAGCUGUGGAGACAGAUAUGCUAACGCAAAAAAGAUUGAUUUCGAGGCUGAUGGCUUUCCCAUCCUUGGUGAGCCGAUUGCUAAAGGAGUAGUGUUGCCUGGUCCUGCUGGAGAGCCACAAUCUUGA